CCCGGCCCGCUCACCGCCCGUCACCGCCGGUCUCUGCAGCUGUUUUGGUUAAAAGUGGUGCCUUAAAUUAACCUUCAAGACACUCAGACUGAAGUGCAAGCAAAGCCUGUAAGGAAAAGGCAAGUACUGUAUGUAAGUCUUUUAUCAUAGAAAUCUUUGCGAAAAUUAUGGUGUAGAAAAUAUCUUGCUAGAAGUGGACUAGCUCCUAGUUCCUUUGGACAAGAAGGAAAUACUCUUUUUAAACUUUGUUUUUUUGACAGAACUCCCUCUGAAAAUGGCGGAAGCUCAUCAGGCAGUAGCUUUUCAAUUUACAGUAACUCCAGAUGGGAUUGACCUGCGUAUGAGCCAUGAGGCACUCAAACAGAUUUACCUGUCUGGUGUCUAUUCAUGGAAGAAGAAGUUCAUCAGAUUCAAGAAUGGAAUUAUCACCGGCGUUUAUCCUGCUAGUCCAUCUAGCUGGCUUAUUGUAGUUGUGGGCGUGAUGUCAACCAUGUAUGCCAAAAUUGAUCCUUCCUUAGGAAUAAUAGCCAAGAUCAACCGAACACUUGAUACAACUGGCUAUAUGUCAAACCAAACACAGAACAUUGUGAGUGGAGUACUUUUUGGCACAGGGCUUUGGGUUGCCCUUAUCGUCACAAUGCGCUACUCCCUGAAAAUGCUGCUCUCCUACCAUGGCUGGAUGUUCUCUGAGCAUGGCAAACUUAGUGCUGGCACCAAGUUUUGGAUGACCCUUGUAAAACUUUUCUCAGGGCGUAAACCCAUGUUAUACAGUUUCCAGACAUCUUUACCACGAUUGCCAGUUCCAGCUGUUAAAGACACAGUUAACAGGUAUCUGGAAUCAGUACGACCACUUAUGGAUGAUGAGAAGUUCAAAAGAAUGGAGGGUCUUGCCAAAGAUUUUGCAUGUAAUUUGGGACCAAGGCUUCAGUGGUAUUUGAAGCUAAAAUCCUGGUGGGCCACCAAUUAUGUUAGUGAUUGGUGGGAAGAAUAUAUCUACCUUAGAGGCCGUGGACCAAUUAUGGUUAAUAGUAACUAUUUUGCAAUGGACUUCCUUUCUUUAUGUCCCACAACCCUGCAGGCAGCUAGAGCUGGUAAUGUUAUCCAUGCAAUCCUGCUCUAUCGGAAAAAACUGGACAGACAAGAAAUCAAGCCAAUUCUUCUGAUGGGAUCUACUGUUCCACUCUGCUCAGCUCAGUGGGAAAGGAUGUUUAAUACUUCCCGUAUCCCAGGAGAGGAAUCAGAUACCCUCCAGCAUGUGAAAGACAGCAAACACAUUGUUGUGUACCACAAGGGCCGUUACUUCAAAGUGUGGCUGUACCAUGAUGGCAGAUUGUUGAGACCCCGGGAAAUUGAACAGCAAAUGCAGAGAAUUCUUGAUGAUGAUUCAGAACCUCAGCCUGGUGAAGAGAAACUUGCAGCUCUUACUGCAGGAGAUAGAGUACCAUGGGCUAAGGCUCGUCAGGCUUAUUUUAGCCAUGGAAAAAACAAGCAGUCCUUAGAUGCUGUUGAAAAAGCAGCAUUUUUUGUGACAUUGGAUGACAUCGAGCAGGGGUACAAGAAAGAAGACCCAGUGAGGUCACUGGAUGCAUAUGCAAAGUCAUUGAUACAUGGCAGAUGUUAUGACAGGUGGUUUGAUAAGACAUUCAGUCUUAUAAUAUUCAAAAAUGGCAAAACGGGUCUGAAUGCAGAGCACUCCUGGGCAGAUGCUCCUAUUGUUGGACACCUGUGGGAGAAUGUGAUGGCAACUGAGUAUCUUGAACUGGGCUAUUCAGUAGAUGGACAUUGCAAAGGAGAUCCCAAUCCAAAUAUUCCUGUUCCUACCAAACUGCAAUGGGAAAUUCCAGAAGAAUGCCAAGAAGUGAUUGAGAAGUCUCUGAGCACUGCUGUAGCUCUAGCAGAUGAUGUAGACUUCUGUUCAUUUUAUUUUGAUGCUUUUGGGAAAGGACUAAUAAAGAAAGUGAAAACCAGCCCUGAUGCCUUUGUGCAACUUGCUCUGCAGCUUGCUCACUAUCGGGAUAUGGGGAAGUUUUCUUUAACGUACGAAGCGUCCAUGACACGCCUGUUCCGAGAAGGCAGGACCGAGACGGUUCGUUCCUGCACCGUCGAGUCCUGUCGCUUUGUUCGAGCCAUGGAAGACCCAGACCAAAGUACUGAAAAUACGCUGAAGCUCUUUCGGCAGGCAGCUGACAAACAUCAGCACUUGUAUCGCCUUGCCAUGACCGGGGCUGGCAUUGACCGCCACCUCUUCUGCCUUUAUGUCGUGUCCAAGUACCUCGCUGUAGAGUCUCCUUUCCUCAAGGAAGUUUUGUCAGAACCUUGGAGGCUGUCAACGAGUCAGACUCCACAGCAGCACAUUGAUCUGAAGAAGAACCCAGAGAUGUUAUCCUCUGGUGGAGGGUUUGGACCGGUGGCUGAUGAUGGUUAUGGUGUUUCUUACAUUAUCUUGGAUGAAAAUUUCAUCCACUUCCAUGUCUCCAGCAAAAUAUCUUGUUCUGAAACGGAUUCUCAUCGCUUUGGAAAGAACAUCCAGAAAGCAAUGGUUGACAUCAUGGGUUUAUUUAACCUUAGUAAAAACUGUACAAAGUGAUCUGCAUUCUUGGUGCCAAGCAAUCUCCUCCUGGUGGGAUGAGAACUCUUCUGCACAGUGAACAAGAGCAAGGUUUGUUGAAGAGUAGCUGGAGAAGAAACUGAGUCAGCACCUUCUUGAUCACCUAUUAAAACCUUAGCAGUAUAUUAAAUGUGUCUUUUUUGUUGUGGUUCAUUUUUGGUGGGGCUUUUUGUCAGUAGUAUGGAAGAGCUUAUUUUGACAAAGGAUGACUUUUUAAAAUCUUCUGUUUCUAGGGAGGAAGCACAGUAUCAUUGCAUGAAGUCAUGUAUAUUCUAACUUCUGCAGUUUUCUCUUAAUUUGUAUACACUUUCUCUUCCUUCUUUUUUUUUAACUUUAAAUUAGUUUACUUGUUUCCAGAAUGAAAGGGAUAAAACACACUGACUUAAAUACUAGAAAAAUUUGAUUUGCUAUGUAUUAAUAGCAGAGUGUUCUUAAAUGUGUCUGCUGCUUUAUGUAAAUGAGUGACAAAACUUGUGGCUGUUUGCCUUCUUCAGUUUCUUUUUAGAAGAAAAUUCUGUAAAAAGUACAAAAAAAUCCCUGCUGUCACCCACCAUAACACACUAAGCUGUAGAAAUUUUAUGGUUUUUGAAAAGAAAAAAAAAAAAAAAGAAACCCAACCAUUGGAUAGUACAUGUCCCCUCAUUAGCAGGUAUCACAUUUUUCUUAUUGCAUACAAGCCUGUUUGUGAUGUUGAUUUGAUUUCUGUAUAAAUAAAUGGACCUGUGUACUUGUUCAUGCAAGUGCCUUAGAAAAACAAAGAUCCUUAGCCCAGGAAAAAGGCAUAUGCUGGGAGUUGUUUCAGUGGUGGAAGGGGUAAAGAUGUGGUCAUGCAGAUCUGGUUUUCAGAUUACAAAUUAGGAUGAAGUGGCAUAAGCAGAUUUGAACAUGUUGCCAAAUGGUGCAGUCAGGUUUCAAUUUCUGAUGAAAUACUGUUGUUAAACAGGGAAGGGCAGGACUACCUUUGUUUGGGAUUCACAGGUACUCAUGUGUUUGCUUUGGUGAAUGGGAUUGGUGGUCACUCGGGUUUCUUGGUCCUGGGAAAUGUUAAUGGAGUUGAAUGAAGUGUUGGAAAGUCUGCAAAGCAAGACUGCCUGUGUAGGCUGAUGAUUACAGUUUGCCUGCUUUCAGCCUGGAAGGACCACUACUGCAUUGCCAACCAUCUGCAAGGGCAGGGCAAACUGCUACAGCCAUGGGAAAUAGCUCCAGAGUGGGGAAAUCAUGGCCUUUUCAAACCCCUCCCGGGAGAUGCAGUUUCUGAAGGAUACUGGGAGGGAAGGGGAAGCUUUUUCACUCAAAAAGGAGCAUGAUGUUUCCAAGUGCAGAAAUAAAAUGGCUGCUAGUAAAUGGUGUAACUUUUGCAUGAUGCUUCUCUUCCCCAGGCUUUAUAGGUGUGGUACCUUUUUUACAUCAUGCAGUGCUGUAAAGUGCACUUGUUAGCACAACCAUUUUUAAAUUAUUAUUAUUUUAUAUAAGGUACAUGAUGGUUACUAAUACAGUGAGUGAUGUUCCUGAGCUCUGCUGAGUUUAAAAGACCCUUGGGAUGGAUAUAAAACUUCUCAUUAGACUUUGAAUGUUUUCUGGCCAGUAUUUCUAACUUUCUAUGCCUCUUCAUGUUUAUUUUUGCUCUGAUCUAGCUAUUAAAACACCUGUGUAUGUAUGCUUGAGGUGGAAACCCUCAAAAAUCCAAGAUGCAUACUUAAGUGACUGCACGCUUACAUAAAUGUGGGAAUCCUCACAGGAACUGAUCAAAGGCACUCAUUAUUUGAUUAGGGUACAGUGUGUGGGAAAGGACACUUUGAAAUAAGCCUUACUGCAUCUGGCAGUCCUGGCACUUAUCAAGCUACUGCAACAAUUUUAUAGUGAUCUAUUUUUGGAGCUGCAGAAAUAGUGCACUGGGGUUUUGGGGGAUUGUUUUUGGUGUUGGCUUUUUUUUUUUUUUUAAUUGACCACUGACCAGUCUGUGUUUAAAUUAACAUAAGGGCAUAUUAGCUUGUAGGAUCUUCUUUAAGAGAAAAAAAAAAAAGGAUUUAGAUUUGACUCUCAGGUCUUAAGCGCUUCUAGUCUAAUUGUAGUUAGUGCAAUUUUGCAUUCUUGGAGAGUAAGUAUGAUUGGCACAGAAAGCUGUUUUUUAUUGUAAAUGUUUAAAAUGUUUUGUGGUGUUAAAUGUAUCUUUUUAAAUUUUGGAAUAGAUAUGGUUCCUAAACAGAUAAUAUUUUAUUUCUUUUUCUUUAAAAGGUCAGCAGCAUGUAAAUAAAAAUAUGCUUUUUGGAUGUAAAUCUUAGAAAUCCACAGUGAAUGUAGGUUAUUAAUAAAUAAUUUAAAUUUUGAUGUUCAA